CGAAAAUUAUGAAUUCCAUGUUGAGGUCUAUUGUAGAAAUUAAGGAAGAGGUUUUUAGUGUUUUGCUCCCCCUCACGUGCAUAUAAUUUUCCAUUGAUAUUCAGCUUUUCCACAUUCUAUUUCAACUUCUUUCGUGCAUGCUCUACCUUCUAUUCCUUAGCACAGAUGGCAUAUGCUAGGAGUUUUUUUUUUUGUUUUCAAGCAUGCUAUACUGAUUGAUCUUUGGGAAUGUUUCCUUCAUAAUAUACCUUCCUUUUCUUAGUUGUAUGUAAGCAAAACAUCCAUGCAACAUAUGGAUCAGCUGACGACAAGUGAAGUGGUUAUAUCUCAAUCUAGAAAUGUUAAUCCUGUCUACACUGCUUAGGUUACAAAACAUUUUUUAAUAUGUAAAAGUGAAUCACUUAUCAAAGAUGUACAAAAUACUGUGGGCAUGCCUAGGAUAUAUACAAGAGAAGGAGACAAACUAUUAAGAUCCUUUAGCAAGUAGGACAAAACCUUAACUUGUCCCUAAGCUAUAAGAACAAAAUAGAAAGCCAACGAACAAAAACUGAAAUAGUAAAAAAAACUAAAUGACGUAGCAACUGAAACUUAGAAGUUAAAACAUAUGCUUACAAAGAGGAUGAAAAUAUGUGUGUGAUAGAUCAGUUGACCGAAGUAAUGGUUAGCAAUGCUACACACUUUGAGCAGUUUAUAAUGGUCUUAAGGUGCAAUUGAACUAUCAGAAGAUGCCUUUUAGCCUUCUAUUAAUGCAUGGAUUCAAUAGAUGGUAGCUCUCCUUAAAUUGUCUCUGAGUAGUUUUUUAGUCUGCACUACUGAUUCUUUUACAUUAAUGAAACCUUUGUGCAUCUAUCAUCUAUGUGAUAUCAGAUAUGUUCAUUUUGUAUUCUGGCAGUAGCCUUAAGUUGACUGCAUUUUACCAUUCUCAUCUGGUUACAUUGUUACAGCUGUUGAGGGACAGUUUAUGUCAGUGAAGUCUGCAGGAAAUCUUUCUACUUUAUUUGAUGUCGGAGGAAUAAUUGGUGGAAUUUUAGCUGGUUAUAUAUCCGACAAGCUUAGAGCUCGGGCUACUACUGCUGCUAGCUUCAUGUACACUGCAAUACCUGCUAUGCUUCUUUACCGUAGAUAUGGAAGUAUUUCAAAAGCCAGCAACGUUGCUCUUAUGAUGAUAGCUGGUUUACUUGUAAAUGGACCUUAUGCACUUAUUACAACUGCAGUCUCUGCUGAUCUUGGCACUCACAGUUCUUUAAAAGGCGAUUCUCGAGCAUUGGCAACAGUUACAGCAAUAAUUGAUGGUACUGGAUCUAUUGGUGCUGCCUUAGGUCCUCUUCUCACUGGAUUUCUUUCUUCACAGAGUUGGGAUGCAGUUUUCUAUAUGCUUAUACUUGGUGCUUUUGCUGCUGGUCUGCUUCUUACUCACUUGGUAAUUGCGGAAAUUAAAGAGAAAUUCUCCAGACAGUUGUCCUCUGAACAAAAUGAUAAUUCAGGUGAAGCAUCUCGGCCCCUUUUGUCUGAUCAAAGGCGUUGAGCAUCAGCAUCGACAUCUUGAUACGAAGAGAGAACUGAGAAAAGAGUUGGUUUUACACGUUACCUGGUAGGUUGCAUGAAACAAAAAGUAGUAUAAUUCAACGCUCUAGAAAGUAGUAACUUAUGAAAUAGUUGUGUAUGCUUAUUAUAUAUAGUGUCAUGUUACGAGAAGGCCUCAUCAGCUUGGACUACUUCUGCUGAUAUUCUUCCAUCUCAUUUUGCCGCUGAUGGAAGAAAGGGUUUGCCUCAAAUUCUUGUCAAUGUAGUUUUGUAGGCUCUCUUUUUUGUUUUUUUUUUUGUUUUAUGCGACUAAAGAUUUUGUCCUUUUUCUUCAAUGCAUUGCUAGUGAAAACUCUCGUGCAAUUUCUUUUAUGCGGGGGAUCAUUUUAUGGUGUCUCUGGUAA